GGCGGAAGAAAACCUGGGAGGUCUCAGGCCAGCCGGAGCUGCACUGGAGCUGCUGGGGCUCUUGGUCCCUUCACCUGACCUCCGGUGCUCCAACGGAGAGAGCCAGAGCCUGUUUUAUGAAGAGCUGAGGAUGGAACGCAGGACUUCCUGCACGUGAGGCAAGCGCCUUGCCCCCUGAGCCACUAGCCCAGCUCCAGCCUGAGAUGUUUGUUUACUUAUUGUGAGAUAGCCUCACUGUAUCUCAGGCAGUCCUCAAACUCAGUGAUUUUCCUGCACCCUCCUUUGAUAUAUUGGGAUUACAACUGUGAGUCACCAGGCCGUUUCUAUGUUUUUAAACACUUUUUGGAAUUGAAUCUUUUUCUAACCUUGAGCUAGAAAACUGGCAAUCCCCGUCUCCGACUUCCAAGUGUUGGGGAUUUACAGGGCGGCAGAAUGGAAGAAGGUGAGGACCCAGGAAGUCUGAUUAAAGUGGUCCACUUGCUGCUCUUGUCUGGUGUCUGGGGCAUGCAGAUGUGGGUGACCUUUGCCUCAGGCUUCCUGCUUUUCCGGAGCCUCCCGAGACACACGUUUGGACUUGUGCAGAGCAAGCUCUUCCCAGUCUAUUUUCACAUCUCCUUGGGUUGUGCCUUCAUCAACCUCUGCAUCUUGGCACCACAGCGGGCCUGGAUCAACCUCACGCUGUGGGAAAUCAGUCAGCUUACCCUACUGCUUCUGAAUCUCACACUGGCUACCAUCAAUGCUCGCUGGCUGGAGGCUCGCACCACAGCUACCAUGUGGGCCCUGCAGAGUAUAGAGAAAGAGCGAGGCCUGGGGACAGAGGUGCCAGGCAGCCUCCAGGGCCCUGACCCCUACCGCCAGCUGCGGGAGAAGGACCCCAAGUACAGUGCUCUCCGGCAGAAAUUCUUCUACUACCAUGGCCUGUCUUCCCUCUGCAACCUGGGGUGUCUGCUGAGCAAUGGUCUCUGCCUUGUGGGCCUCGCCCUGGGGCUCAGGAGCCUCUAACAUGGGCCCUGUGUUUCAAUAAAUGUUUCUUUGGA